GCUUCACAAUUCUAUGUAGUGAAUGCUGGGGUCCCCCAGAGAUCUGUGCUAUCUCUCACACUCUUUCUUUAGCGAGAGCAUAUCAAUGAUACGCUUGGGAACAUACAUUGCUAUGCGGUGAUAGUACAGUGCAUGGUGGAUACCACGGACGCGCAGUGGCUGGGCGAGUGGAAAUUGAGGAGAGGCGGAAGGAUCUUGUCAUUGAACUCGAUAGGACGUUAGGCCUCUGCCUCGAAUUUUGCGGGCAGCGGGGCGGCGGCGGCGGCGGCGCGGCAGCGGGGCGGGCAACGCAUACCUGUUCUCCAAACUAGCGGGCAGAUCGCGCGGCACUAUAGCGGUGUAGUGUUGUGUUCGUGGUUGUGUUGUCGAGAUAUUUGUUUUUAUUCGCGAACGAAAUGUCUGAAAAACGGCGACAUCUGUUUGAUUCAAAUUUAUUCCUAACGCUCGAUUUAUUGUGGGCAAAAGAAGAAGUGGAUCCCUACUAUAGGGCAAGGAAAAUAAAUGGCGAGUUUUAUCGAAAUUAUGAAGAACAGAGACAAAAUCCCGACAAAUUCUACGACUACACCAGAAUGAGUGUAGAAACUUUUGACUAUAUUCUUGAAACUAUCAAGAGUGAUUUAGAGUCUGGAAUUAAUCCAAAACGAUUUAGAGGUAUAUCUCCAGAAGAAAAAUUAUACUUGACGCUUGAGUUUUUGGCGAGUGGGCAGCCUUUCAAAAGACUGUCGUUGUCAUUCAGAAUGGGAAAAACAACGGUGGCCAACAUAGUUUAUAGCACUUGUAGAGCUAUAUGGAAAAAUUUGGUAUAUUUACAUAUGCCGAAACCGACAGAAGAUUUAUUGAAAAAAAUAACGGAAAAAUACUAUGAAAAAUGGCAAUUUCCUAAUUGCAUCGGAGCUAUAGAUGGCAAACAUUGUCGAUUAAAAAAUCCUAAGUUUGCUGGAUCAUCGCAUUAUAAUUAUAAACAUUUCUUUUCGAUGCACUUGCAAGCGGUCGCGGAUGCUGACAAAAGAUUCAUUUGUAUAGAAGUUGGAGGAAGAGGAAAACAAAGCGAUGCAGGGACAUUCCAUUACUCUAAUUUGAACCAUUUACUUCAAAGUAAUAACUUCAAUAUACCCCGUCCACAGUAUGUACCCAGAUCAGAUACCAUUCUACCAAUGGUUUUUAUUGGAGAUGAAGGAUAUCCACUCAAAACCUAUUUGAUGCGACCUUAUCCUCAAAGCGUACUUAAUGCACAAAAUGAGUUAUUUAAUAAGCGAUUAUCGCGGGCUCGAAAGACUAUUGAGUGUGCUUUCGGAAUUUUAAGAUCCAAGUGGCAUAUUUUCAGAUCACCCAUAGAGACAAACAGAUGUCACGCAAGAUUACUCAUCAAAACUUGCUGUUUGUUGCAUAACAUUAUCCGAGAUAAGGACGGUAAUAAUGAUAUUGCCUAUAUUACUGUCAAUACGAAUCAACAAAGAAUACAAACACGAUUACAAACAAACGCCCACGAUUACAAACAAAAUAUUGUGCUUGAUAAGACGUCCGUCUUAUCAAGCACAAUAUAUACGUGAAAAAUUCAAAGAAUAUUUUGUAAAUAAUCGCAUUAGUUACUAAUUAAUUUGUAAAACAUAAUAAAUAUUG